AUGAGCCUGCUCCGAAUGCGCCCAAAGGCAUUCCCAAGCGACAGGAACAAGCAGUUUGUGUCGCCGAAUGGAGCACCACCAUCAUCAUCCAGUCGGCGCUCGGACAACUACACGUCGGGCGACAUGGUGAUCAAGAACUUGCCCUUUCUAUCGUUCUUGAAUCCGCUGCGGGACCUGGAAUGCUUGUUCAAACCAUUCAAGUCACCAUGUGAAAGCUUGAGGACGCAGGAAAGCGUGCGGUUGCUGAGCGUCAAGACGCUUGGGUCUCGACGACGAUGGGGAAACGUUCCAACGUCCAUGACCCAAGUUCAGCCUGCGGUGGACGUUGUCAUGGACUAUGUUCCCGAAGUCGUACCCCAAGAAGACAAAGUGGAAGAAAAGAAGAAGGACGACGAACCCGUUGCCGAGCCGCUCGUCUUAUGGAGCGGAGUGGUUGAUGGCAAGGAUGUUGAGGUGGUUGUCCCCGAGGUGAUCGGCAAGUUCCUACGUCCCCAUCAGCGGGAGGGCGUCCAGUUUGUGUUUGACUGCGUCAGUGGAAACCGUGGGUUUGCAGGAAACGGGUGCAUCUUGGCCGACGACAUGGGGCUUGGGAAGACUCUGCAGAGCAUUGCCAUCAUGUACACGUUGCUCUGCACGAGCAUGGAACACCCGGACAAGCCGACUUUGAAUCGCGCGGUCGUGGUGUGCCCCACGUCGUUGGUCAAGAAUUGGGACGACGAAAUCAUCAAGUGGCUCAAAGGCAAAGUCAAGACCAUCGCCCUGUUUGAGUCUGGCCGAGAAAACGUCGUGAGCGGCAUCAUGAGCUUUAUCAACGGCAGCAAGCGGACCAACAACAGCACGGCGCCGAAAGUGCUCAUCAUUUCGUACGAGACUUUUCGCAUGCAUGCCGCCAAGUUCGUCAACGAACCCCAGGCGUGUGAGUUGUUGAUUUGCGACGAAGCGCAUCGGUUAAAGAACGCCCAGUCUCAAAUCAACCAAGCCCUCGCAGCCCUGCCGUGCAAGCGGCGGAUUUUGCUCUCGGGCACCCCCAUGCAAAACGACUUGGAGGAAUUUUAUGCCAUGGUGGAUUUUACAAACCCCAAUAUCUUGGGGGACACGCGGGAGUUCCGGCGGCGGUACUUGGGUCCGAUUCUGGUCGGCCGAGAGCCCGACUGUUCCGAUCAUGACAGAAAACACGCCCAGAGAUGCUCGGGUGAGAUGUGUGAAGUUGUCAACCAGUUCAUCUUGCGGCGAACGAACGCCUUGAAUGCCAAGUUCUUGCCGCCCAAGUUGACGCAAGUAGUCUGUUGCAACUUGUCGUACAUCCAGCAGCAGAUUUAUUCGCAUUUUUUGCACUCCAACGCGUAUCGAAACAUGAUGAAGAAGAACAGCACGCAUGUCCUGUCGUCGAUUACUGCCCUCAAGAAGUUGUGCAACCAUCCGAGCUUGAUCUUUGAGCAGUCAGCCAACGGGCAAACUAAAAUCGCUGCUGGCUUUGAAGAUUGCAUGGCGUACCUUCCUGAACAAGGACAUCGCCAACGCUCGUGUCAUCCUGAAUGGUCGGGCAAGUUUCAAGUAUUGGACCGGCUCAUGCAAGUGAUGCGGCGAAAGACAGACGACCGAAUUGUGAUCGUGUCCAAUUACACUCAGACUCUUGAUGUCGUGUCAGCCCUGUGUCGGGAGCGCAAUUUCCCCGCUGUUCGCUUGGACGGGUCAACGUCUGCCAAGAAGCGGAAGAAUCUCGUGGACGUCUUCAACGACCCCAAGUCGAAUUCGUUUGCGUUUCUGCUGUCGAGUAAAGCCGGCGGGUGCGGCAUCAACUUGAUCGGCGCCAACCGGCUGGUUCUGUUCGAUCCCGACUGGAACCCCGCCACGGACAAACAGGCGGCGGCGCGCAUUUGGCGAGAAGGGCAGAAGAAGCAGUGCUUUAUCUACCGAUUCGUUGCGACAGGUACCCUCGAGGAAAAGAUAUUCCAGCGCCAGUUGUCCAAAGAAGGGCUGCAAAGUAUCGUGGACGACAAGGAAGAAGUGAACUCGCUCUCCACCAAGGAUUUAAAGAGACUGUUUGUGUUUAUGGAGGGCACGCCGUCGGACACGCACGAUCAGUUGAAGUGCCUUCGCUGCAACAUUUCAAACGAAAGCUGCGACGAUCAUUCUAUGGUGGUGCAGCCCCAACUUGGCAUGCCUGCGGAAGAAGACUUGAACAACUGGAGCCAUCAUUACUCGUACGCUACAGUGGACGAUGAAAUCAUGCAAGAAGCACAAGCCAACCAGUCGUUGGUACUCAGUAUCUGGUCACCACAUGCCGAAACAUGACAUGCGUAGGUCAGUUUUGUGUUUAGCUGCCGUGUGGAUUGGGAGCUGUUCCAAGUCCGAGCGGAAAAGGAGCGCCAGGACCAACUUGCCGUCGACCAAGAGAAUUUGCUAAAAGCCGCCACACGUCGCAAUGCCGACAACGACGAAGAGGAGGAGGACGAGAGUGGUGUGUCUGACGAGGAAGAGGAGGUUGAACUGCCGCGUGUUCGUCCGUCCAAGCGCCGUCCAACGCCCCCAGCCCCAAGCGGACGAAUCAAACGAUCGCCCCACAAGGCGUUGGACAGCUCAGACGACGAAGUUGAAGAGUCUGAGAGUGACCACGACGCGUACUUGUAUGAAAAGCCGACUCUGAAGCGACCAAAAGUGUCCGACUUGAGCGACGUCGAGUUCCAAGCGGCCCCGCGCCGCCAGCAUCAGCAACCAUCUACCCACAUGGAUGUGUUGUCUGGCACUGACGACGAUGACGCCCAUCAAGAAGAGCCAAGCAUGGAAGCGGCGGCGGCGAGCAUUUUGGAGUUGCAGUCCAUGCUUGGACAAGAAUGUUACGCUGACGACGAUGAAGAAGAGACCAAGGAAGAAGUGAUCUGGGCGUGCAACCGUUGCACCAUGCACAAUCCACUGGAGGCCGACUCGUGCGAAGGGUGCGGCAUGCCCCAGCCCCGAAAAGCCAAGAAGUUGCUGUCCACGUCUAUUUACGUUGACUAGAAAUCGAAUGAUUGAUUGAAUCGUUAACGCGCUUCCUGGGUCUGAUUGUGCUGCAAGACCAGACUGGUGACCUGCCUGUCGAACUUUGCAGACGCGAUGCGCUCGCCGAGGACGGCAAAUGGAUUCGACAUGGCGUUCACGUACAAGUUGUGCAUGACGGAGAAAAACUAGGUGAUAAUGAAGAAGCCAUCAGUCGCAUGAGGAAUGUACCGCUCGCAUGUCGGACUCCUUCAUGGGGGUGUCUUGUACAAUCGCUAGCAGCUUCACCAACGUGUUUGUCACGUAGCCGUACCUGCAACAACGAAACGACGUGAACAUCGCAGAUAUGUCAACGCACGUACACUCGGAAAUC